AUGAUAGUGACACCAGGGGUUUAUCUAUCUCCCAGUUGUAGUAUGUUGAUGACACUAGUGUUUUGUGGUGCAGAGGAAGAUCAACCAAAGCAUCUAAGAGUCAUAUUUAUAUUGUUUGAAGCUGUUUUUGGACUACAUAUAAACUGGAGCAAAAGUUUUGUCUACCCAGUGAAUGAAGUCCCAGAAAUCAACAGAUUGGCUGGCAUCUUAGGAGGUAAAGUGGGAGAAAUGCCUACCACUUACCUAGGGAUGCCUCUAGGUGCAAACAGUAAAUCAAAGAACAUAUGGAAUACAAUGGUGGAGAAGUGUGAAAAAAAGCUAGUAAAUUGGAGAAGUCAAUACCUAUCCUUGGAUGGAAGAUUGACACUAAUUAAUAGUGUGCUUGAUGCUAUGCCAACCUACAUGAUGUCUUUAUUCCCUAUGCCAGAGAGUGUUUUAAAGAAGUUAGAAUCCAUCAGGAGAAACUUUUUAUGGCAAGGAAAUGGAGAGGGGGGGAAGGAAAUAUCAUCUGGUGAAAUGGGAAGUGAACAAGGUUUGUGGAAAGAUGUUAUAAUCUCCAGAUAUGCAAUGGAGGACUCAUGGACUACAAAGGAAGUUAGAAGCCCUUAUGGGGUUGGUUUAUGGAGAACAAUCAGGAAUUUGUGGCCUAAAAUAUGGAGACAUUCAAAAAUUGAUAUAGGAAAUGGAAGGAAGACAUUCUUCUGGAAUGAUGUGUGGGUUGGACAAAACUCUCUGACACAGCUGCAUCCUGAGAUUUAUAAUCUGAACCAACAGAAGGAAGCAACAGUUGCAGAAGCAAAUAACCUUGACACAAAGGAGGACAGUUUACAAUGGUUGAGGGCCAACAAUGGGAAGUUCACAAUAAAAUCAGCUUAUAGACAUUUUGACAGGCCAGCUGAAAUGUUGUUACCAUGGCCUUGGAAGAUAUGGAAAAUUAAUGUUCCUCACAAGGUGGCUUGUUUCACCUGGUUGGUAGCUAGGGAAGCAUGCCAGCCGCAAACAAAGAAUGGUGUUGACAGUUUUGGUGGUCUUGGAGCAACCUUGAUAGAUUCUCUUGACACACUAUAUAUCAUGGGCUUGGAUGAGCAGUUUCAGAGAGCUAGAAAAUGGGUUGCAAACUCCUUGGAUUUCAACAAGAACUAUGAUGCAAGUGUUUUUGAGACAACCAUAAGGGUUGUCGGUGGGCUUCUUAGUACAUAUGAUCUAUCUGGUGAUAAGCUUUUCCUUGAUAAGGCUCAAGACAUUGCUGACAGAUUGUUGCCUGCAUGGAAUACCGAAUCUGGCAUCCCUUACAACAUUAUCAACUUGGCUCAUGGGAAUCCACAUAACCCUGGGUGGACAGGGGGUGAUAGUAUCCUGGCAGAUUCUGGUACUGAGCAGCUUGAGUUUAUUGCUCUUUCACAGAGGACAGGAGACCGAAAAUAUCAACAAAAGGUGGAGAAUGUCAUCUUAGAACUUAACAGAACUUUUCCAGAUGAUGGUUUGCUUCCAAUAUACAUUAAUCCACAUAAAGGCACAACAUCAUACUCAGCUAUAACAUUUGGCGCUAUGGGUGACAGCUUUUAUGAAUAUUUACUCAAGGUCUGGAUACAAGGAAACAGAACUGCUGCUGUGAGUCAUUAUAGGAAAAUGUGGGAGACAUCAAUGAAAGGUCUUGUAAGCUUGGUCCGGAGGACGACCCCUUCGUCUUUUGCAUAUCUUGGUGAGAAGAUGGGAAGUUCCAUAAAUGACAAGAUGGAUGAACUUGCAUGCUUUGCUCCUGGAAUGUUAGCUUUAGGAUCAUCUGGUUAUAGCCCUGAUGAGGCUCAGAAGUUCUUAUCACUGGCUGAGGAGCUUGCUUGGACUUGCUAUAACUUUUACCAGUCAACACCUACAAAAUUGGCAGGAGAGAACUAUUUUUUUAAUGAUGGCCAAGAUAUGAGUGUGGGCACAUCAUGGAACAUAUUAAGGCCAGAGACAGUUGAGUCACUGUUUUACCUCUGGCGUUUAACAGGAAACAAGACAUACCAAGAGUGGGGUUGGAACAUAUUUCAAGCAUUUGAAAAGAACUCAAGGGUAGAGUCUGGAUAUGUUGGACUUAAAGAUGUAAACACUGGUGUCAAAGACAAUAUGAUGCAAAGCUUCUUUCUUGCCGAGACUCUUAAAUAUCUGUAUCUUCUUUUCUCUCCCUCGUCAGUUAUCCCCCUUGAUGAGUGGGUUUUCAAUACAGAAGCCCACCCCAUAAAAAUUGUUACCCGGAAUGAUCGGGCUGUGAGUUCUGGAAGGUCAGGUGGAAGCCAAGAAUCAGAUAGGCAGUUGCGAACCAGGAAAGAAGGUCGAUUUCGUGUUCAUCAUUAAUCGAGCUGUUGAUUAAUUAUAAUGGGAUCGACUCACCAAGAAAGUCCAUGUUAAUCUUGCAUUUGAGGUGAAGGAAGGAUGUGCACUCCCAGAUUGGCUGGAUGUAUUGCUAUACUUUGUAGUUUAUAAAAUGCUCUAACAUGGAGCAGUAGUUGUAUGUAGCAUAGCAAAUUUAGGUUCACCUCUUAAAUUGGGGUGUACCGUAGAGGAUAAUUUUUCUUUUUGGCUGGCAGCUCUACAUUUUUGGGGUCGAUGAGCAACUUGCUACUCUCACAAUCCUUUUCCCUAGAGAUUUAUCUCUUAUAUGUAUCUGAAUUUGUGAAUGUAAUAUCUCUGUGACACUAUAUAUAUCCGAUAUAUACGUUUUUGUUA